AUGGCCUUUAAGUUAAGGAAGGGUGAAAUUUUGAAAUCGCAGGCACGUAAAAUUGUAUAUAAUGUUGCGGAAUUUUGUUCCAAUGAAGCUUCAUCGAAAUCUGCGUUAAUUCCACUCCCACAAGCUCUGAAAAGGGCUUCUCAAGCAACUGGAAUUUCUGAAGCUACAAUAAAAAAAAUAAGAAAGGAAGUUUCAUCAUCCGGCUCAUCGACAGUUUUAAAAUCACCCGGUAAACACCGUAAAAGACCUAGUGAGCGAAACUGUGAAAUAGACGACUUUGACAAGUGUGUUAUACGGCAAACAAUUCAAGACUUUUACAUAAAAGAAAGGAAAGUACCAUCCCUCAGAAAAUUACUACCCGUGUUGAAAGAAAAAAUUGGAUUUUCGUGGCAAAAAGACACAUUGUGCAAAGUCUUACAUUCAAUGAAUUUCCGAUGGAAGAAGUGCGUGAAUAAUAGAAAAGUACUCAUGGAAAGACCAGAUAUUGUUUUUUGGAGACACAGAUAUUUGAGAGAAAUGAGAUGUCACAGGAAAGCUGGACGACCGAUUGUCUAUAUUGAUGAAACUUGGGUAGACAGCAAUUUGACAUUUAAGAAAUGUUGGCAAGAUGACACAGUUUUGGGAGUUACAGCAAAUGUUAAUUCGAAAAAUAGACUUAUAGUUGUUCAUGCUGGGUCAUCAACGGGUUUCCUUACGGGUGCUUUACUAGUAUAUAAAGCAUCAACAAAAAGCGGCGACUAUCACGGGCAAAUGAACUAUGAAAACAUUAAAAAAUGGGUGUUGGAAAAACUUCUUCCAAAUUUGCAACCAAACAGUGUCGUAUGCAUGGAUAAUGCACCGUAUCAUACGACUGUCGAAAACCCCACUCCAACGAAGUAUUCUACAAAAAAAGUUAUGAUAGACUGGUUGAAAAACAACAGAAUACCCUGCGAUCAAAAAAUGCGAAAAGCGGAACUGUUCUCUCUUAUAGACAGUAAUCGUCCAAAGAAAAUUGUCUAUAAAAUUGAUAAUUUAAUAGAGAAAGAAGGACACGAAGUUAUCCGACUACCCCCUUAUCAUUGCGAUUUGAACGCAAUCGAAUUUGUGUGGUCAUCUGUAAAAAGAAUAAUAAAGGAACGAAAUGUUACUGGCGAUUUAAGUUUGGACAAUCUGAAAUCUCUUCUUCAAACAGCUAUCACUGAAGUUACUUCGGCAGAAUGGGCAGCGCAUUGCAAACACGUAGAAAAGCUUGAAAAUAAUUAUUGGGAGAAAGAUGGACUGUUAGAAGAUUUAGUGGACGAACUGUCAUUUCAAAUUGACACCAAUGAUGAUUCUGAUUCAGAAGAAACCGAAACUUGUGAGAGUGAUUUAGAGGAUUUUAAAAUGCUUGAAUGA